CCACACAGCAAAGGCAGGAAUUUCUUUACUUCCCAAAAAGCCAGAGGAGUCGUAUUCAUCUGAUGGCUUUUCCUUUUCUCCCUGGCUCCAAUUUGCAGCGAGUAUUUUUUUUUUUUUUGCAAAAGCGCUCAUCCCCGAAGCUAACAAUAAAACUGUGUGUGCGUGUGUGAGCGAGAAGAGGGAGGGAGAGAGCAAUACAACAGCCUGGCAAUGUGAGACGGCAUCGGAGAGCUGCGAGACCAGGGGAGCUGGUGAAGAGACGCAAACCCCUCGCCCUGGGCUCAGUGUGAGCCCAUUGGUUCCUCAGCUGCUGGUUUAAAGCAGAGAAGAGCUUGGAGGAUCGGACUGCACAGCCAACCGCAGACUCUCAGCCAAGUUGUCAGCACGCUGGGAAGAAGAGAAGCUCACACACGCACACACACAGGAGAUUGCAGGGUGUCCGCAGUUUGAUGUGCUCUUUUUUUUUUUCCAGAAGGGAAGAGAGGGGACCAAAUAAAUCACAAAAGGGGGAAGGAGCUUGAUCCAGCCCAGUUCUGCGGGGAAUAAUGGAUGUGACCAUAUCUCAGUUCAUCCUAGAAGAAUUUGAUGUCAACUGCAGCCUCCUGGAUCGUUUACAAGAGACUUUUUUAGAGAGUUCCUCUAUCCCUUUCCUGGGCUUUGAUGGUCCGUACUGCAAUGCCACAACCGAUCAGAUCGGGACCUGCUGGCCCAGAACCUCGGCGGGGGAACUGGUAGAAAGACCCUGCCCGGAGUUCUUCAAUGGGAUCAAAUACAACACCACGAGAAAUGCCUACAGAGAAUGCCUGGGCAACGGGACAUGGGCUUCCAAGAUAAACUACUCCCAGUGCGAGCCUAUUUUGGAUGACAAGAGGAAGUACGCACUCCAUUACAAGAUUGCUCUCAUCAUAAACUACCUGGGGCACUGUAUAUCAGUAGGGGCCCUUAUAGUUGCCUUUAUGCUUUUCUUGUGCUUGAGGAGUAUCAGAUGCCUGCGGAAUAUUAUCCACUGGAACCUGAUCACCACUUUCAUCCUGAGGAAUGUGAUGUGGUUUCUACUUCAAAUGAUAGAUCACAACAUACAUGAAAGCAAUGAACCCUGGUGUCGAUGUAUUACCACUGUCUACAAUUAUUUUGUGGUGACCAACUUCUUCUGGAUGUUUGUUGAAGGCUGCUACUUACACACUGCUAUAGUGAUGACUUAUUCCACAGAUAAGCUGCGGAAAUGGGUCUUUCUCUUCAUAGGAUGGUGUAUUCCUUGCCCAAUCAUCAUUGCCUGGGCCAUUGGCAAACUAUAUUACGAAAAUGAACAGUGCUGGUUUGGAAAGGAGCCAGGGAAAUAUAUUGACUACAUAUAUCAAGGGCCAGUGAUUCUUGUUCUUCUGAUAAAUUUUGUAUUUCUAUUUAACAUAGUUAGGAUUUUAAUGACAAAGCUGAGAGCUUCAACCACUUCAGAAACAAUACAGUACAGGAAGGCAGUCAAGGCAACAUUAGUUCUUCUGCCUCUUCUAGGCAUCACCUAUAUGCUUUUCUUUGUCAAUCCCGGUGAAGAUGACAUUUCCCAGAUCGUCUUCAUCUAUUUCAAUUCCUUCCUGCAGUCUUUUCAGGGUUUCUUUGUGUCAGUAUUUUACUGCUUCUUGAAUGGUGAGGUGACUCUUUUUGACUUGAUUGGUUUGAAGCGCAAAUGAUAAAUCUAAUCUGGCGUCGCUGGCUGAGUCCGUUCUGCUGCCAGGAAAAGAUGGCACCGCUGGCAAGACCAUCACUCCCUCCGAGUGCGUGUGGCACGUGCCAUGUCUAUCCCCACCUCUCCAACACGGAUCAGCUUCCACAGUAUCAAACAGACCGCAGCUGUGUGAAAUGCCCCGCUCGUACACGCACAACGUGGUGGCCUUCAGGGUUUUUCUUUCUUCACUCUCCCCAAGCCCCUUUCUUCAAACUUUCUUCCUUUAUUCUGCACUGCUCUUUCACAAUGAGGUGCCCAUCAUAUUUUUGUGGACUCUCAUCUCCCAUAUUCGUGAUGCUGCUUUAAGGCAAACAGGCAAAAGCCUCUUGGAGUAGGUGCUGGCAAAACAGAUUCAAAGAAGAAAGAGAUUCAACACUGACUGCACUUUGUGAAAGUCCACAGUGAAAAGUCUAAACCAGCACACUGACAGGAACAAUCAUUUUUUUUUCCUCCUUUCUUUUUGUUUUGUUUUUCCUUCCAUAUUAUGGUGAAUGAAGACUAUUUUUAACAUACUGCCCAUCUCACUAUGUACAUUGAUUCCCAAUGAUUUCAACAGUUUGGUGUGUAGAUAGCCUUUCUGUUCCUUUGUAAUAAUUUCUUCUCUGCAGAACUGUCAUUUGAGAACAUGUGGCAGCAAGAAAAAGAGCAUCUGAGAGGUGGUGUGAAAACUCCAAAUUUAUCUACCUUACCCAUUUCUCCCUUUGGUAGAUGGGGAGCUGGCCAGGGCAUUGUUGGACUUCUUAACACAGAGCAUGUUGCCUUGCAAGAACCAUGCCCUGCUCAUACACAACCUUUUGAAAAGGACAGUAAUAUCUCUAGAUAGCUCCAUAAAUUAUCCGUAUUCCUCUUAGCCCCACACUUUCGAAACAAUGUAAGUAGCCUUUGGAAAGUCUUUGUUUUUCUUCAACUAAGAGGACUGGGGUGGGAAAGGACAAUAAAGCAUGUUUUCUGGAUUUAAAAUACAUAAAAGGGAAACACUGUAAAAAUAAGAAGGAGAAGAGGAAGUUUGUAAUAUGAGGAUAGUGCUACGUGAUGCACAAAGAUUAUCUAUUGAGCAUUUUGAAGUAGACCAGAUGUAUCUACUAGGCUUUUUAUGUGAUGUUCAAAAAUACUGUAUAUUUUCAAUAAUAAACACUACUCUGGGUUGGUUUCAAUAAAA